AUGGCCAUCCCAAAACAACCAUCAACCACCCUCCUUCUCUUGGCCCUUGCAACCCUCUCCUUCACAACCACCUCCAACGCCGCCGACUGCAGCGGCGCCGGAGCCAUCUCCGUUUACUGGGGCCAAAGACCCUCUUCCCAAGACGAAAGCACCCUACAAAGUGCAUGCGAGACCGGGAACUACAACAUCGUGAUCCUAGAAAGCCUAAUCGUGUACGACAAUGGAACCACCCCAGCGUUAAACUUAGCAGAUCACUGCGGUUCAAGCACAAACCCUUGCACCAAACUCCAGCCAGAGAUAGAAUACUGCCAACAAAACGACAUCAAAGUAAUCCUCUCCAUUGGCCAAGACCAAGACAGACCACCAACCCUAAAAACCGGAAACCGGCACUACCGGUCAGCGGAAGCGGCGCAAGAACUCGCAACCUACCUCCUGGAGAAUUUCCUCAGUGGCAAAGCCGGUCCAUUGGGAAACGUGUCGUUGGACGGCAUCGAUAUUUCUGACGUGGCGGACGGAGAUAACCUUAAAUGGGACGAAGUUGUUACCGCCAUUAACGCGUCCACAACCGCCAGAAAAAUUUACCUUUCAGCAUCACCACAAUGCGUGUACCCAGAUUACUACCUGGGAAAAGCAAUAGAAACUGGUCUCUUUGACUACAUUUGGGUCGAGUUCUUCUUCCAGAACCCUUGCAUCUACGCGAACAACAACGCUUCGAGUCUUUUGACCGCGUGGAACACGUGGAUCAAAAAUGUUCCCUCGAGUUCGAUAUUCUUGGGGCUUGCGGCUUCCGAAGACGUGGUGGGGUAUGUGGCACCGGAAGUUGUUGUUUCUGAGAUUCUUCCGAGCGUGAAGCUUGCUUCCAACUAUGGUGGGGUUAUGAUAUGGGACAGGUACAGUGAUGAGCAAGGUGAUUACUCUACGAAGAUUAAAGAUAGCGUUGGGAAAGCGUGUAGAUGUGUGUGUGAUGGUGAUGCGUUUGCGUUUGCGUCCAAAAGUUUCUAUGGUUUGGGGUCUAAGUCUCUGCCUCUGUAG